AAAUUCAUAACUAUUACGAAAAACAAAAAACAGCAAAUUAUUUCCACCGUCGGAUUCUCGGGACUUUAUCAUUUCCGAUAAUUUCUCUCGGUGCUCCGUUGUUUAUUGCCCACCGCAAUAAUCUCCCUUCUCAUUCUUCUUAAGCGAGCCUUCUCAAUCGACUCCCAAAUCUGAACCUCCUUACUUUUUUUCCUUUUCAAAAUGUCUGAGCCUGAGAUCGCCGCCGUGCCAACUUCUCCACCGUCGAAAGCCGCAACGGAUUCCCCUGGAGAUCAGGCCAAGGAGCUAACCAAAUCGCCGAAAUCCUUUAGCGCCUCGUUCAGUAUUUGGCCGCCUUCCCAACGCACUCGUGACGCUGUCGUCAAACGUCUGAUCGAGACGCUCUCGAACCCCUCCGUUCUCUCCAAGCGCUAUGGCACUGUACCCCAAGAUGAGGCCGCUGAAGCAGCGCGUCUUAUAGAGGAGGAAGCUUAUUCUUUCGCCGCAUCUAAAGCCAACGCCGACGACGACGGGAUCGAGAUCCUUCAGCUAUAUUCUAGGGAGAUCAGCAAGCGCACGCUCGAGACAGUCAAGGCGAAAGCGGCACCCGAUUCCACAGCCGAAAACGGUUCGUCUUCUCCUGCUGCAUCGGCGACCAUUAAGGAGGAAACCCCCUCUGUUGAAGAAUCCUGAUUCGUCUAGGAUUGAGUCCCAGUAGAAUAUGAAUUAGGUUUUCCGGAUGCUUCACCAGGGUUUCUAAUAUCGGGAUCUGUUUGUACUGCUUAUCAAUUUCUGAUGCUUACAUGAGAAUCAUUACCUUUUAAUUUGAACGUCUAGGUCCCCUGCCUCACAUCUCAACGUGUUUUUGCUUUUCCAUCAAUCUUCUGUUCUUUGCGAUCUGAAAGUCGUGGUUUC